AUGGAGGUUGUGGCAACGUGUCAUGGGGGCGUGACGUGUCAUGGGGGCGUGACGUGUCAUGGAGGCGUGACGUGUCAUGGGGGCGUGACGUGUCAUGGGGGCGUGACGUGUCAUGGGAGCGUGACGUGUCAUGGGGGCGUGACGUGUCAUGGGGGCGUGACGUGUCAUGGGGGCGUGACGUGUCAUGGGGGCGUGACGUGUCAUGGGGGCGUGACGUGUCAUGGGGGCGUGACGUGUCAUGGAGGCGUGACGUGUCAUGGGAGCGUGACGUGUCAUGAGAGCGUGACGUGUCAUGGGGGCGUGACGUGUCAUGGGGGCGUGACGUGUCAUGAGAGCGUGACGUGUCAUGGGGGCGUGACGUGUCAUGGGAGCGUGACGUGUCAUGAGAGCGUGACGUGUCAUGGGGGCGUGACGUGUCAUGGAGGCGUGACGUGUCAUGGGAGCGUGACGUGUCAUGGGGGCGUGACGUGUCAUGGGGGCGUGACGUGUCAUGGGAGCGUGACGUGUCAUGAGAGCGUGACGUGUCAUGAGAGCGUGACGUGUCAUGGGGGCGUGACGUGUCAUGGAGGCGUGACGUGUCAUGGGAGCGUGACGUGUCAUGAGAGCGUAACGUGUCAUGGGGGCGCGUCAGUGUUGAGAAUGACAAGGCUUCAGGUGUACUGUUGUCACGUGCUGAACAAUACUCUGGUCGUGACAGAUGUUUAG